GUCCACUUUUAAAGGCCGUGUGGAGGCGUCCGUUGGUCAAAUUGACCUUACGAUUGGAAGCCACACCUUGGGCUAGCCACAUGCUAAAUUCGAGUCUCCAUCUCCGCUAUAUAUCCCAUCAUGUCGUGACUUUCACCCCUUUGUUUCAACAGUUAAAUUGGAGUUGCUCCAAAGUUGCGAAGGUUGAAUAUUCAACCAAUUUUUAUAACUUUAUAUCUCCAUCUUGAAGUUUGGGGAUCUGGCUGAAAUUUACCAUUUGAUGAUAUAUUCUGAGAGAUAUCACUUAGAAGAUAUCUGGAACAUAAAGGAAAUGCUUCCUUUAUGGGCCAUCAAGGAAACCUUUGCCCACAUAUAUAUUAAAUAUAAUUGAAUUUAACUGUUUUGUUACAUUAGACCAUAAGACUAGAUUACUUAUCGAGAGAUUGGGAGCUAUUCAUUCUUACUAACUAAAUAAUAUUGAUUUGUCUUGAAUUCUUGGUCUACUGCCCCAUCUAAUUGCUACACAUUCAUUGUUGUGACACUUGAAAUGCAUUUUGGAUGAUGGAAUGCCCUUCAGGUUUUGAUGAGCUGUUUCGAAUUUGAGAUAUUAGAGUUGCAUUUUACCAAGUUGCCCUUUGCCUGUGACAAUUUGAAGUUGAUACAAUCUGGAAGAGAAAUAUUCACACUACUGUGAAGAUGGUGAAGCUGACAAUGAUAGCUCGUGUUACUGAUGGUCUUCCUCUAGCGGAAGGACUUGAUGAUGGCCGUGAUGUAAAAGACGCUGAAUUCUACAAACAGCAGGCCAAGGCUUUGUUCAAGAAUCUGUCAAAGGGCCAGAGUGAGGCUUCAAGAAUGUCCCUUGAAACUGGUCCUUAUGUUUUUCACUAUAUUAUUGAAGGCCGUGUAUGUUAUUUGACAAUGUGUGAUCGUGCUUAUCCUAAGAAACUUGCAUUUCAAUAUCUUGAAGACCUCAAAAAUGAAUUUGAGAGAGCCAAUGGGAGCCAAAUCGAAACUGCUGCCAGACCUUAUGCCUUUAUUAAAUUUGAUACAUUCAUACAGAAGACCAAGAAAUUAUACUUGGAUACACGUACUCAGCGGAAUCUUGCAAAGUUGAAUGAUGAACUAUAUGAAGUACACCAAAUAAUGACUCGAAACGUACAGGAAGUUCUUGGUGUUGGUGAAAAAUUGGACCAGGUUAGUCAAUUAUCAAGCCGGCUUACCUCUGAAUCUCGCAUCUAUGCUGAUAAGGCUAGAGAUCUAAAUCGACAGGCUUUGAUUCGGAAGUGGGCUCCGGUUGCCAUCGUGAUUGGAGUUGUCAUCCUCCUCUUUUGGGUCAGAAAGAAGAUCUGGUGAUUGCACCUCUUGUGGAAUUUCAGGUAGUUGCUGCGCAGACUAGCCAGAUUUCUAUUAUUCACAUGGUUUGGCAGGUAUCGUUGACGUUGCUAUCAAAAGGCCGCAGAAUGGAUCUCUCACCCAUUUGGAUCACUUCCCAUCAUGUUACCAAGUCCAAUACAAGUUUUCUCUCAGGAAAGAACCCAUGGAUGUGAGGACAAGAAGUUUUGCAGUGGGGAAAUUGAACUGAAAACAGUAUAAUUGAAGAGUAAUUCUUUCAAAAUUAGUGAAAAGCAAAAUUAUUGUUAGUUUGCUAUGUUUAUACAAUAUCAAAUGAGGGUUCUUGAAAAAAUAGGCUCGGAGAAGUUUUAGUACAGCGGCUUAUU